AUGGAUGAGGAGCGCGAGGCUCUGGAGGCCGUAUACGACACUGACUUCGAGGCCGACGGAAGCACCUGGAGAGUGAAGCUGCCGGAGCUCAAUGCUGUUCUGGUGCUCCGCUUGGGAGGUGGGUACCCGGAGUCCGAUCCGCCUUCGCCAUCACUGGAGUUCGAUCCCUGGCCCAAGGGGGGCGACGCCUUCGCACGGCGUGUGACGCAGGACCUGCUGGGCCAGUUUGAGCCGGGUGCCGGCUGCGUGAUUCAGUGGGUGGAAUACGUGAAGGAAGCCUGGGCCAGCAGUCCACCGGAAGCAUCCACCGCACUGGAGGCCAAGGCACCGGCCAGCGAGGUGCCGGAGGAGAAGCCCAGCAGUGUAAAGCUGACGCCGGCGCUCGCCCGAGCCGUAGGUGCUUCCUUAUCGAGUGCUGGCUUCACCGAGUGGAGCCCAGGGCUGUUCGCCCACAGUGACCGCGGGGUCACCGCAGAGGUUCGUGACGAUCUCACCAUCACCGUGGACGGCGUGGAUGCGGAGGAUCUCGUGGACUGGGCUGCUAUGCAGCUGGCAGCGGAGCCUCAAAGUUUCGGAGCGAGACUCUUGGAGUGGGUCACCGCCCAGCGCUCGCCGGAACCGGGCUUCCUGGAGGAGGAUGCGGAGGCCGUCGGAGGUCCCGACUUCCUCCCGAGCGCCGAAGAGCUCGGCGUGAAGAAGGAGCGAGAGCUGCUGGUGCUGACCUGGGGGAAAGCUUUGCGAAAGUCAGCGCCGCCGGAAAGUCAGCACAACUUCAAUGCUGGCAUCCUGAACGGCCGUGGCGGAGGGGCGGACCUGAAGUCGAUGAACGGACUCUGGGACGAAGUUCAAAGCAAUGUGGCCUCUUGCGGCCUCUUCCCGCGAUGGAUCUCCAUGGUCUGCGCAAAGGUGGAACAUUCAGAUCUCAGCUGCAUCUCCAUCAACUGCACCAAGGGCCGACAUCGGUCAGUUGCCGCUGCGGAGAUUUUGAGGAAGACCUACUACCCAAACGCGACAGUGAAGCACCUGACAAUCUACUAA